UACAUUACAUAAGUCUCUCCCUCUUCUCCUCCCUCGCUGACCUCGAAAACCUCAGCCGCCACCAGAAUCGGUGUUUCACGGUGGUCCUAAACCCAAUGUCGAGACGUUACGCGCCUUCGCUACCCGCUCACACGCUUCAACGAAGCGCUUUACGCAAGCAGCGAUCAUGGUGUCCUGACGCGGAGCGAGAAGAGGCGUGGCUCAGGAAGAAGGAGCUUUAUGGCCGGGGAAUCCGCCGUACUCAGAGCUUGACCGAUCAUGAUAUAGAGGAGCUCAAAGGCUGUAUAGAUUUAGGUUUCGGCUUCGAACCAGAUUCGCCUGAAUUGGAUCCGAAACUAUCCCAAACUCUACCCGCUUUGGAGUUUUACUGUGCCAUUAAUCGCCAAUUUAACGGUGGAAUGUCGAGGUCUUCGUCCAUGUCAUCGAUGGACACUUUAAGUGACGCUGGUAGCACUACCUCGAUAAUUGAUCAAGGCGACGAUCCGGAGAUGGUUAAAACUAGGUUGCGUCAAUGGGCGCAAGUGGUAGCAUGUUCGGUGCGGCAGAUUUCAAGGGAACCUAAGUGAUUCACCGUGGAGGUUCUCUUUUAUUUUUUGUAUAGAGGCUUCAAUAAUAUUCGAGAUAAUAAUUAGUUUUUCUUUCGGUUUUAGGUUUAAACUUCAAUUUUGCAUCCUAAUACAUAAUUUAGGUUUAGGGUUUAGGAUUUGGAUUUAUCAUAUAAUGCAAAAACUAUAAAUUUUCAAGGUGCCGGAUUGAUUGCGAGUUCGAAUUUAAAAUUUCUAUUGAAAAUCUUUGAGCUUAUUACUAUGUUCUUCAAUUGUUUACUUCCUUUA